AUGAACUGUAGAAUUCGCACGUUCGAAACUAAUCACCUUUCAACAAUUUCCAAACCAAUGGCAUUCAAAUCGUUGACAAUUUCUUUCCUUUGCUAUCUCUGUUUCUCUCGAGCCGUGCUAGCACUUCGCGUCAUUGGUCCUGCGCAGGGCUCUUUCGCAAAGAAGCAAAUUAUCAAAGACGCAACCGCGCUCGCCGAUGCUCGUCUUUCUGCCAUGGAAUAUGCGCUGAACCACGCUUCUGAGGCCUGUUGGAGAGCACAUAUGGAAAAUGCCUUCGGAAGAUACGCAAAUCUGAACGGCAUCCGAACCGUUAUUCAACAGUUCAGAAACGGGCGAUACCGCAUGGAAGAGCCUGAAUCCAAAGGACUAGGAAUGGGCCACUAUGACACGGCGCAAGAUGUGGUGGAAUUCGGACACUCCUUUUUCACUUCGGGAGUAGAGAUCCGUGCAGGUGCAGUUAUGCAUGAGGCAUCCCAUGCAAUUGCGCGGACAGUCGACCAUUUCACUCCCCAAGGACAGCCGGUUCCUCAGGGACAAACACCACCACCGGGCAGUGUCUUGGGAUACGUCGAUAGUAAACUCGAUGUGCUCAAGGCAAAUCCCCUCUUCGGGCCGACUAUCCACCUGAACGCUGAUUCCUAUCGGUUGUUGGCACAUACGCUCGCCACAAGUCUCAGUGCACCUCUUGUUCGAAGAGGACUGGAAGGCGAAACCUGA